UAACAAAAACAAAAGUUAAAUAGAUAAAGUAUCAUUACUAAUUCAUUUGUUUUGAGAAGAUUCUGAUUUCUGUUGAUGCUUCUGUUUGAUGGAGCAAGAGAAGAUAGCGGAGAUGAGGAAGAGAAGGAAGGUAGUGAUGGAGGAGAUGAUCUAUUCUGUAAUAGUGUAACUUUUGUUUUGCUUUGUUGUUUCAGUUCAGUGAAGGAAAGAGAAGAAGGUGAUCAGCAGUCGACAGAGGAGAUGAAGAAGAGGUGCUCAACAGAGGAGAUAAGGUAGACGAAGACGAUCUAUUCUGUUUUGAAUAGAACAGAUGAAGUAGAUGAGGUAGAUGAAGACGAUCGGCGAAAGAGAAGAAGGGCAACGACGGAGGAGACGAUCAGUGGAAGAGAAGAUUUGUCCUUCUGUAGUUCU